AAAAGUCACUCUAACAGAAUACGCAAAAUUUUCAAAACAACCGAAACUGAAAAUAAUUGCGAGAGUUUAAAUAUAAUUAAUGUAGGUUUUAUACUGAUUGCUAGUCAUAAAGUGAAAAGAUAAAAUGUCUGAAGUAAAAGCUAAGAAAAUCCUAUCAGAACUAGUGAAGAAAUCCGGAUGCACCUACUCGGCCGAUAACAUUCUCACAAUAUUCAGAAACAAAGAUGCCAAAUACAGCAACAGACGCCUCGGUGCGUUGUUAACUCAACUCUUCAAGACUACACCAAAUGGCGCAAAGUAUGUGGAUGAAUUCGUUUCCUCCAAUCCGAAGGAUUCCUACACGGCAUUUAUUUUUCUGCUGAACACAUUCAUCCAGGAUUGCAAAAAUGAUCGACAGCUGGAACGAUCUGUACCACCUCCACCAGCUCAGCCAGAGUCAGUAUCGAAGCGAGCAGCAAUAUUUGAAAGUCCGCCACUAUCUUCAACGAGAAUUGUUACGGAACAGGUUACUCCUGAGACAGUUCAAGAAAUCAAGGAAAAACUUGUUCAAGCGACUAUCGGUGCCGUGGCAAAUCGUUCAUCAACUUCCAUUCCAGCCACUCUUGUGCCACAACCUUAUGAUUUUGUCCAUAAGAAGGGUGCUAUACUUUCGUGGAAUUUCUUCUAUGAUGAAUUGUAUCCCAUGCAAAACAAGAAUGUCACAGCGAUUCCGCUGAGUUCGCAAGAACCGAUAGUUUUGAAGGAAUUGUUGGAUUGUUUGGUUGGAGUGAAGGGUUCGCUUAUUUCUCCGAAGAAGACGAUUCGAAACGGUGGUUUAAAUCCGGUUGAGUUCGAUGUAUCCGAUCAGAUAGAGGAGUCUUUGAAAGACAUUAUUAGAGAAAUAUUACCACUGGCUUCACAUUAUUCACAAGUUCAAGAUUUUAUCGCCGCCUCUAGCUCCCUCGAAAGUGGCCAACUACUGCAGGCACUGCGUGCAGCACUUCAAUCGAUUAUAAAUGACUACUACCUCUCUAUAACGCGAUUGGAGGAUCUCUUCCUGAAGCAACAGCUUACCCUCCACAAGCUGCUCUAUUUUCUGCGUCCGGUUUUUCACACAAUGGAAGUCUUGGCCGAAACGGUAACGGCAAUUCGUCAAAGCAACUCCCGAGGGGGAAGUGUACUGACGCUGUUGCACGAUAAGAUUACCUCAACGACGGGCGACGAGAAAAGUCAAAAAGUAUUGAUACACUUGAUUGAGAUGGCGGCCGUUCCGUACAUGGAGAUGCUGCACCUAUGGAUGUUCGAUGGGGUGAUUCACGACCCACGAAAGGAAUUUCUGGUCGAGCAUAACGUGAUGGAUCUGAACGAGAACGAGUUGAUGGACUAUUGGGAGAAACAGUACACGACCCGGCUGGAUGAGGUUCCCUGUUUUUUGAACAAGUAUGCGGAUGUGAUUUUACGCACGGGGAAGUAUCUGAAUGUUAUCCGCGAAUGCGGAAAUUCUGCUGAUUACAGCCAGCGAAAUCGGAACACAUUGAAAUAUUCACACACCGAUCAGAUGUACAUCACUGCUAUUGAGGACGCGUAUAACUUCGCAUCUUCAUCGUUGUUGAAUUUAAUCAUGGACAAAUACGAUCUGAUGGGUCGUCUCUAUUCCGUGAAGCGAUACUUUCUUCUUCAGCAGGGGGACUUCAUCUCUCAGUUUAUGGACGCUUGCGAGGAGGAUUUGAACAAAGAUGUCGAUAAUUUGCGUCCAAUGCGGUUGGAAAAUUUGCUCGAGGUUACACUGAACAUGUCCUCCGCUAGAUAUGAUGAAUAUAACGAUGAUUUGAAAACAAUGCUCUUACCGUACGGUAUAUUGACACAAAUAUCCAAAAUCGUAAAGAAAGAGGAUGUCUUCCUGGAUACAUUGGGAGAUACGUCCCAACUGAAGGGAAUAGAGUGCUUCACCUUCAGCUACAACGCGCAAUGGCCGGUUUCGAUUGUGCUCAACCGACUGACAAUUUCCAAGUAUCAAAUGAUUUUCAGACAGCUGUUUUAUCUGAAACAUGUCGAGCGCAUUUUGUGCCGCGUUUGGAUUGCAAACAAUCGAACCAAACAGUUUGCCCCGCAGACGGCCAAACUUUACCGGUCUGCUUUCACGCUUCGCCAGAAAAUGUUAAUUGCGAUGCAGAACUUUGAAUCGUACAUGAUGAUAGAAGUGAUCGAGCCUAAUUGGCAUAUUUUCUAUCAAAAUAUCAAACAGAUAAAAAAUGUCGAUGACGUAUUGAACUACCAUCAAGAGUUUCUUGAUCAGUGUAUGAAAAACUGUAUGCUCACGGAACCUGAUCUGCUUAAAUCCAUCAUCAGCCUCUGCAACAUCUGCAUCCAAUUCUGCGGUUUUCUAGAGGAAGCACAGCGACACUUUAUAGAUGCCGAACUUUGUUCGAUGCUGGCUUCGACCGAUGACUUUUCGUUUUCCUCAGAAUCCGACUAUGACGUUGCAUGCCAGCAGGAAGUAGCCUCCACGAUGGAACCAACAGAAACAUUCUCCGAGCGAGUGGAGAAAUUCCACUCCGACUUCACCAACCAGUUGCUGUCCUUGCUUCGGAAAAUAACCGACGUUGCCACUCAGAACCCGUCGGAUAAAUUCAUUAAUCUCAUCCACAGAAUCAAUUUCAAUUCGUACUACAGUGAUAAUUUUGAUUUCUGAAACACCCAUCAUCAUUCCGGCUUUCUAGCCUGAAAUCGAUUCUUAUGAAGCACGUUGUUGAAACGUACCUGUUCGUUCCUUAUCACCAAGAUACAGAUUAGAUCACAAUCAGUCAUCAAAAGAGACAUGUGAAGACAUGCCCACGCGAUCCCAGUCGCCUUCUUUCGAUUGAGUGUGUGGUCAAAGAAAGAUUCUGUUCAGUUGAAAACAUAAAUCAAUAGCACUCAAACAGUUGAUAGAGCACACCCAGUUGUCGCCCUGGAUUUCGGUUGUUUUGUGUCAUAAAAUAAAAGUAAUUCUACGCAAAA